AGACACUACGGUGGAUUCACUUCCGCGUCUAUGUGUGGGAGUUUAUGCGCCAUGCAAUUAGGAAUGGCUUAAUACUACGUUUUUCUCCAUUUCAGUUUAUCCGUACAAACGCUACUGUAAUCGGAGACCUUGGCGGAGUCGCCCGACUUUUAAGACGGCCAUUUCCACACCAGAUUUAGGUGAAAUCUGCUCUACCUAUCACCUACACUAAAAGACCCAGCACUUAAAGUUCUACGAUAAGUAUACAAACGUGUACAUUUUGUAAAAGAGAAAAACACACCUCAGUUUGUCCAUUGCACAUUUGUAAAGCUGCUUAAAACACGAAGAGCCGUGUAUCUGAUUCCAAGCCAACUUUAUUGCGCUAACAACUAACUUGCGAUGUACUGCCGAAUUUACUGUUAUGCUAGUUAUCCCAGGUAAAUUAACAUGACUUAGCCCCUGAUCUUUCAAUAGCUAGAAACAACUCAUGAGUUAUGGUGAAUCUCUUAUUAACUAAUCUCCUUGGCGUUUGUCUGAUUAGAUAACCGCUAGCUACCCAUCCCCUAACGUUUUUGGAUUUUCGUAGAGGGUGGAGGAUGGCAGUGCUGAGCCUGUCAUUUGCAGCCUGUGGGUUCCUUGGGAUUUACCAUCUGGGAGUGGUGGAAGCUUUGGUCCAACGUGGGGGUAAACUGCUGAGCUGCGUAAAAGCCUGUACCGGUGCCUCUGCUGGGUCUCUCACGGCUGCUUUGCUGAUCACUGCCCCUAACAAAUUGGAGGUCAGCAAAGAUUUCAUAAACGAGUUUGCCGAUGAGGUCCGAAAGCAGAAGUUUGGAGCCUUGACUCCAGGAUAUGAUUUCAUGCUGACGUUGAGGAAGGGUUUGGAGAACAUCCUUCCUCCCAAUGCCCAUGAGAUUGCUGCUGAUCGUCUCUACAUUUCAAUAACACACUCCAGGUCCGGAGAAAAUUGCAUGGUGUCUCGUUUUGCCUCGAGGGAGAACCUCAUCAAGGUCCUACUUGCCAGUUGUUUUGUGCCUCUGUAUGCCGGAGUGAAGGCAGUUGAGUACCAAGGAGAGAAAUGGAUCGAUGGUGGGUUCACAAACUGUCUCCCGGUUAUGGCUGAAGGUCGCACAGUCACCAUCUCCCCAUUUAGUGGUCUACAGGACAUCUGCCCCAAACACAGUGGGCUCUCAAAUCUCCACAUCAGCCUUGCCAAAAUGGAUGUCCUGGUUUCUAUUGAUAACCUCACAAGACUGAAUCAAGCUUUAUUUCCACCAGCACAUAACAUAAUGAAAGAAAUUAACCGAAGUGGUUAUGAAGAUGCAUUACAGUUUUUAAGAAGAGAGAAGUGGAUGGAUUAGCUGAUUUAUAGAUUAGAGCAGGGAUGGCCAAUCUUAUCCACAAAGGGCCGCUGGGUUUUCACUACAGCUCCCUAAUUAGAUUACUAAUUAGAGGACUGAUUGGCUGAAGAGUCCUCACACCUGGGUUUGAACAGAUGACCUACAGGUUAUCCCAAAAACCUGGAUACACACCGGCCCUUUGCAGAUAAGAUUGCCCACCCCUAGAUUAGAGGUAUCCCCUGCCUUUCAGAAGUUCACUGUGUGCCACUUUUACGAAAGACCUGUUUUUGCUAACCGAAAGAAAUCCAAAAACGAUAGGAGGCCGUGUGCAACCCAAGCAGCAAAGGGGACGCCACCAAGCUCCUUCCCCAAGAACUACACUCAGGAUCUCAAAAUCAGGCCGCCGUAGCUGUGAUCAUGGGUGUGUUAUCUUGCUUUAUUUUGUGCAUCUGAUAGCAAGAUGUGUCCUAAAAUACAUAGAUAAUUUCUACUUUAAUUUAUCAUAUCGUUCCUGCUUUUACUAUAUGUUAGCAUUGUUUUAGGUAUUGCGUGUUAUUUGGUAUGAUGGUAAGUUAUUUUUUGGGUCUGGGCAUGUUAUUUAUUAUUUCUUGUUAAAAUAAUAGCAGUUGCUUCUACGCUUUAUUUUGGCUUAUGAAAGGUUUCAUAGCAACGGUCUGCUUUUGGAUAGCGGUGGAAACCUGUAUAGAAGUUGGUCAUGCAUUAACAGAAGUGUCAAGAUCUGGGGAAUGAAGUAAGAUUAAGGUCUGAGACUGUUUUUGAUGAGUGAAUGUAAAAUCUCUGGCUGUAUGAUCAGUUGGGGGUUGUACAGCAACCAUGUAGCACUUCCAGUAUUUAAUUUCUUUUCAGUUUACAUUGAAUAAAAGAGAAUGAAUGCUGCUGUGUAAA